AUGAGCGCCGCCCAGCCCGCUCCCACAUCGACGCAAGCACCCUCAUCCGCCAGACCACCCGUGACGCUCGGGCAAACGACACACCUCGAUCCAGGAGCCUACGUCCGCGGCACUCACGGCAUUACUUUGGGCGAGCAGACUCUCGUGCACCCGCGGGCUCAACUCGUGGCGGUCCACGGCCCACUGUCCAUCGGUGACAGGUGCAUCAUCUCCGAGAAGUGUGUCAUUGGCGGGCCCGUGGCGACAGACAAACCAUCUGAGGGUCCGGAGGGCGCGGGCAGGGGCGCGGGCGGGAGCGGGAGUGACGAAUCGGACCCGGUCAAGACCACGAUUCAUUCAAGGGUCUAUGUCCAUGCCAAUGCGCACGUCCUUGCCGGAGCAGUCAUCAAAGAAGCCGUGGUCAUCGAGCCACAUGUAACCGUUCGUGCGGGCGUGACGGUCGGGUCUCAUGCAAAAAUCUGCGCCGGUGUGACGGUGGAUCGGGAUGUCGAUGACUGGGCUGUGGUCUAUGGGAACGGGGACCUCAAGCGUCAGCGUCGCCGGAAGAGGGACCAAUCUGAAACCGAGCACGCUGAACUCGUGGAGACAAUGAGGCUCAAAGCUAUGGACAAGGAGCGCGAGGGGACCAUGGCCAUUCUCAAGAUGGCGGCCAGGACGGCAACUUUGGCAAAGAAGAAAUAA